GCAACGUCUGUGUACCCCUGCCACACUUGCGCUUCUUUUUUUGUUCCCUUCUCCUAACUAAACAAGCUCCUUCAAAGCGUUGUCAUCGGUGACACCUUAUCUGUGCAACACUGCUGCAAAAUAUAAAUGUACUACAAAAUUUUUACAUGCACAUAUGGAGGGAACAAACCACAACCACUGAUGCUUGGAGAGAUCAUGAUGAAUGGCACCCUAAAUUUCUCGAACCAGAGUGUCCCACACACAUUACUGAAGAAGACCUCCACCCUGAGAAACACGAUCCACUCCACUUUAAACAGGAGGAGGAGUCGAUAAUGUUGUACAUCAAACAGGAAGCGGAGCCACACGCUCCCUACAUUAAAGAAGAAGAACAGGAAGAUGAAAUUCCCAAGUUUCCAAUGACCGUCAGUGUGAAAAAUGAAGUCGAUGAAGAUCCAAGCAAAGAGAGCGGUACAGCGAAACACUCGACUGACGGCUCAUUUCAGCACCUGACAACAAAAGGAGAAGAACGAUCGCAACCGGACGGCCUAUUAGCUCCACUCUCAGACAGCGAUGACAUAACAUCACACUCUUCUGACUUAAACACUGAUGAGCAGGAUGAUGACUUUGAACCAAAUGCUUCGAAAUCCUUAAAGAAGUCAUCAUUGAAAAGAGACUCAAAAGAAUGUGCGGGUGAGAAACCGUUUGGCUGCACACUCUGCAACAAAAGAUUUUCGCACAAGUCUAAUUUAAUAGCACAUAAACGUACACACAUAGGAGAAAAGCUUUUUGUCUGCACAUGUUGUGGUAAAAGAUUCACCCAGAAGAGACUUUUGAACCAGCACACAAGCACACACAGUGGAGAGAAGCCUUUUGGUUGCUCACAUUGUGGCAAAAGAUUCACACAGAAGGCACAUUUAAACAAACACACAAGACGCCACACUGAAGAAAAGCUUUUUGUCUGCACACUUUGCAACAAAAGAUUUUCUGACAAGUCUCAUUUGAUAACACAUGAGCGUACACACACUGGAGAAAAGCCUUUCGUCUGCACAUGUUGUGGUAAAAGAUUCACCCAGAAGGGAAAUUUGAACCACCACACAAGCACACACAGUGGAGAGAAGCCUUUUGGCUGCUCACUUUGUAGCAAAAGAUUCACACAAAAGGCACAUUUAGUAGCACAUAGGCACACACACACUGGAGAAAAGCCUUUUGUCUGCACAUUUUGUGGUAAAAGAUUCACCCAGAAGAAACUUUUGAACCAGCACACAAGUACACACAGUGGAGAGAAGCCUUUUGGCUGCUCACUUUGUGGCAAAAGAUUCACACUGAUGGCACAUUUAAACAAACACACAAGACGCCACACUGAAGAAAAGCUUUUUGUCUGCACACUUUGCAACAAAAGAUUUUCUGACAAGUCUCAUUUGAUAACACAUGAGCGUACACACACUGGAGAAAAGCCUUUUGUUUGCACAUCUUGUGGUAAAAAAUUCAUCGACAAGGGAAAUUUACGCAAACACGCAAGAACACAUACUCGAGAGAAGCCUUUCGCCUGCACUCUUUGCAACAAAGAAUUUUCUCGGACGACUCAUUUAAAAUUGCAUGAGCUUACACAUACUGGAGAAAAGCCUUUUGUCUGCACAUUUUGUGGUAAAAGAUUCACCCAGAAGGGAAAUUUGAACCACCACACAAGCACACACAGUGGAGUGAAGCCUUUCGCCUGCACUCUUUGCAACAAAGGAUUUUCUCGGAAGCCUGAUGUCGAAAGGCAUAUGCGAACACACACUGGAGAAAAGCCUUUUGCCUGCACAUGUUGUGGUAAAAGAUUCACCGAGAAGGGACAUUUAAACACACAUGCAAGAACACAUUCUGGAGAGAAGCCUUUUGCCUGCACUCUAUGCAACAAAGGAUUUUCUCGGAAGCCUGAUGUCGUAAAACAUAUGCGCACACACACUGGAGAAAAGCCUUUUGUCUGCACAUAUUGUGGUAAAAGAUUCACCGAGAAGAGAAGUUUAAAUGCACACACAAGCACACACACUGGAGAGAAGCCUUUUACCUGCUGAGUUUGUCAAAAAAGAUUCAAUCAGAAAGGUAUUUUAAACAGACAUGUAAGAACACACAUUGAAUAGAGACCUUUUUAACGCUCAUUUUAUGGUAAAAGAUUCACUCAGAAGGGACAUUUAGUAUCGCAAGCAAGAAGCCACACUGAGGAAAAAUCUUUGAAUUGCAAUGUUUAACAAGAUAUUCAAACAUCCCACACGUUUACAGUGGAAAAAGCAUUUCAAUUUUCUUAACGAGGUUCCCUUGAGCCUCUUUUGGAAAAGUUGAAAUGAUUUUCAUGUCUUGGUCUUUUUCACAACGAUCCAAUGUUCUUGAUUUAUGUAAUUGUUUUUAAUCAAAUGAAUUUGGUUUAGUUUAGGUUAGGUUACUUCAUAUCAAGCUUGAUUUUCCGUUCUGUUUUGUAUUAUGACUUUUCUGCUACUUUGACUCAGAUCUAGCUCUGGUCUCCUCUAUUUGUUGCUGUUGAAACCUGUUGAAAAGUGACCCUGAGUGUCUUGAAAGGUGCUUUCAAAUAAAACUUAUUACACUGGUCAACAUUUAAAUUUGCGCAUUAAGUAUUUAUAUAUUUGUAGCUCAACUGAGGUUGUUGAAUCCAUUGCAAGUGUCAGAAUAUAGAAAUUGGCUGUAGUUUGCGACCUCAUACAGUUUAAUGUUCACAAUGGAAUUUUUUUUUAACAUCUGUUUGGAAUAUUUCCUUUAGGACACAAAAGGCUUAUAUAGCCAAGGACGAUGUAUUUCAAUAAUAGGCCUGUGUUAUUAUUUGAACAACUUUGAUGCUGCGCUUCCCUUUGUUUAUUGUUUGUUCAGUUUCCAAACUUUAUUUAAAUGGUUUCAGGGAAGAUGUCUUUAUUAGUCUUGUGCAUUGUAUUAUUUUCCACUCUGAUUCAUUAUAGAAUGACUUGAAUUUUUUUUUUUAAUUACUCUUCAUUUCCCCCCCAUACGUCCUCUUUUGUGAACCAUUUUUUAGAGCUCUUCUCUAUUCGAUAUAAAAAUCAGCUUUAGAGUGUCACUUGGGAACAUAGCCGAUGUGCAGUGUUUUGUAUUUUGAAUAAAUUUAACUUUAAUUAUUUAAUUUAGUUUAGUUUUUAUUGCCAUUGUAUUAAUUUAUCAAUUGUUUUAUGAAAUAACAUUGAAAAAAAAUACAAAUGCAAAAUUUCCCCCCAGAAAAUCAUGAAGCAGUU